AUGGACCUCCGAUUGCGGCUAGAGCAUUGUCACGCACCAGAGUCUACGCCAUUCAACAAGUAUCCAGCUAAACAGCAUGCCCAGCGCGUUGCAGAGAAACUGGGAGUCGAAGAGGGGCUCAUAUAUCUCCCGGGAACCCCUACCAGACUCCUCGAAGACUCUGACAUGCCCAUACCCUUCCACCAACGACGCUAUUUCUACUACAUCACUGGCGUGAACGAAAUUGAUUGCCACGUAACCUACGAUAUUGGUGCCGAUAUCUUGAACUUAUAUAUCCCGAAACACGACCUUCAUGACACAAUAUACAACGGGCCGGGACUGUCCAUACCCAGCGCAUAUACUAAAUAUGAUGUCGAUGUUGUGGAAUUGAAUACUUGUGUCGCGGCGCAUGUUGAGGCUUGGGCUAGAAGAAACGACGCACCAAUAUUCGUACUUCACCAGCAACAGCAGCCCGAAACUAAGCUUGAUCAGACGAGGUUCAACACGGACUCUCUUCAGAAUGCCAUGAACCAAGCACGAGUGAUCAAAGAUCACCAUGAAAUCGAACUCAUACGGAAGGCAAACGAGAUCUCGGCAGAGGCGCACAGAAACGUGCUGCGCAAGAUCAAAACGUUCACUACGGAAUCAGAAGUAGCAGGUAUAUUUAUGGAUACGUGUAUCUCGAACGGUGCGCCUAAUCAAGCCUACGAUAUAAUCGCUGCUGCGGGCGAGAAUGCAAGCACACUUCAUUAUGCGAGGAACAAUGACUCACUGGCAGAUAAACAGCUCAUGUGUCUGGACGCUGGGUGUGAGUACGAUCUAUACGCCAGCGACGUCACUCGUUCGUUCCCAUUGUCAGGCUCGUGGACAAAGGAGGCGAAAGACAUAUACGAACUCGUACAAGCAAUGCAGGAUGCGUGUGUGCAAAGAAUGGGUGCUGGUGUCAGAUAUAUCGAUCUGCAUAUACUCGCACACAAAGUCGCUAUCCGCGGACUUCUUGAUCUUGGCAUCUUGCAUAACGGGACCGUGGCAGAAAUUUAUGAGGCUGGGACGUCACUCGCAUUCUAUCCCCACGGGCUGGGACACCACAUAGGACUAGACGUACACGAUGUGCUAUACAGGGACCUCUUGCGUCCCCUUAAAGCUGUUUCAGCAGAGUCUGGUACAUCAAGAUCUGUCUGGCAGGUUAUGGAUAUCGAGUCGAUGGUUGAAAACGCUGCUAGCCCGUACGGGACAACACUGGAGGAAAACAUGGUGUUGACAGUCGAGCCUGGAAUCUACUUUAAUCGUCUCGCUCUGGAGUCUGUAUAUUUGCCCUCUCCAGUCCACGCAAAAUUCAUUAACCCAGCUAUACUUAAGCGCUAUCUCCCAGUCGGUGGUGUGAGGAUCGAGGAUAAUUAUCUGAUAACAUCCAAAGGAAAUGAGAAUCUGACUACCGCUCCCAAGGGGAACGAAGCACUGCGUAUCAUAAACGGUGAUGACACCGACUCUCACACGCCAGCACCGCUCUAUUGCCCAAUCCGAGGUCGACAUGAUAUGCAAACCUAUGUUGAUACAACCGAAAUUAGGCGGACUACUAAACGUCGUUUGGCCAGUCUGCAAUAUGCUGAGCAGCUCCGCAGAGUGAAUGAACUGCAUGCACAAAGUGUGCUUCAGGAGAGAGGACGAAACGAGACGAUCGCACUUCCACCAAACGUUACGUCAUCAACUGUGAGCUCAGCAAGGUCCCAUCCAGAAGCAUUAAACACUCGUUCUAGUAAGCACGCUGUAACAGGGAUGACAACAGACACUUUGAAAAAGGAUAAUUUGCAUUGGCUACUCGAUGGGAACGAGACCGAGACUUUAGGAACUCGUUUUAGUGAGACGGCUGCAAAAAGGAUGACAGCAGACACUCUCCACUGGCUACUUGAUGGGAGUGAGACCGAGAGUAUGCUGGCUGCUAUAGAAGAGACAGAAACCAAUCAUCAAGAGUGCACAGGAUCACCACAGGGUACAAGGGAGUCGUGGGAGAUGUCAGAGACUUCAACACCGCUAAUACUUGUCGAUGAGACCUCGAGUCCUUCUUUGCAAUCGCCUACAUCUUCGCCCUGUCACAAGGGAGUGAGGGAAUCUGAGUGGCAUCAUGGUGCAACACCGCUCGAAACCACUGGCGGACCAACCGUUCCACAGAAGGUGCCCGAAAUUCCCGCUAAACCGAUGCCCUACCGCAACAGCGUUGCCUCUUUGCGAUCAGCUUAUGUUGCUCCUGAGAUGGAACAGUCUGAUAGACGGCCAUCGAUAGAUCUGAUUCAACACAGUGUCAAUUCGUCCGUGGUUCCAAAUCGGUCAAAUACCACUGGUUGCCUCCCUGACAGGCAAGUUUGCCAUGCAGCCGAUCCUCACCCAUUUCAGGAUUACAACACACGUCGCAAGAAAAUGGUCGACGCUUCCCCCGUAAGACACAUGGCUGCACAUCGACAACGCCAGAGCUUUGGCCACAAUACUGGGUACUCAGACAUACCUCCGCAGCUUCCGAAUAUCCGCACAAAAGGCCCUUUGAGGAAUCGCCAGUCUAUGCCACUGCUCCCCUGUCCGGCUGAGACGUCUGAGCCCCAAAAGCCGCCUGGAAAUCCAUUCCAUGCUCCAGUACCAGUGCAGUCGCAAUUGCCUUGGAACACAAACCCGUUUCGAGACCCUAACAUGUAUUCUGCUAUCACUCAAUCGUCGGAGCUAUAUUCACCUCCAAGUUCAUAUAGAACCCGCAUGCAGCUCAAAGGAUAUACACAUCCAACACACCAGGACUCGCAGCGCCUACAUGUUCUGGAGGAGUCUGAACAAAGCCAGUAUCUCAAACCGUGGUGGCUAGUACAAGCAGAAGGUGAAUUACGCCGGAAGCAUCCCAUGGCAGACUUCAGACUUCGGCUGUGUCCAGUCAGAGGUUGGCAGGUGACAUGUUCGCAGUGCAGCUUGCAGAGUUCUAUGCCCUCUGCGAUCGCAGUCGGUCCUGGACUCACCCUAGAUGAGUUUGAGCAGCACUUGUGGAGUAUUGAUCAUGCUCCUAGUGGAUACGUAAAAUUGGAGCACUCUGGACCUACUCAUAUCUAUUGA